AUGUCUGUGUACCUCCUGAAGGAUGGAGACAAACCUUCAAUUAUGCUGGAAGGCAUCCCUGUCUUUCCACUGCAUGCAAUUGGUGAUCAAGGGAGUGGAGUGAACUGGAGGCCAGCGGAGGGGCAGCGGAGGCGAGGCGAGCAGAGGGUAGGGCAGUGGAGGCGAGCAGAGGGCAGGGCAGUGGAGGCGAGCAGAGGGCAGGGCAGUGGAGGCGAGCAGAGGGCAGGGCAGUGGAGGCGAGCAGAGGGCAGGGCAGUGGAGGCGAGCAGAGGGCAGGGCAGUGGAGGCGAGCAGAGGGCAGCGCAGUGGAGGCGAGCAGAGGGCAGGGCAGUGGAGGCGAGCAGAGGGCAGGGCAGUGGAGGCGAGCAGAGGGCAGGGCAGUGGAGGCGAGCAGAGGGCAGGGCAGUGGAGGCGAGCAGAGGGCAGGGCAGUGGAGGCGAGCAGAGGGCAGGGCAGUGGAGGCGAGCAGAGGGCAGGGCAGUGGAGGCGAGCAGAGGGCAGGGCAGUGGAGGCGAGCAGAGGGCAGGGCAGUGGAGGCGAGCAGAGGGCAGGGCAGUGGAGGCGAGCAGAGGGCAGGGCAGUGGAGGCGAGCAGAGGGCAGGGCAGUGGAGGCGAGCAGAGGGUAGGGCAGUGGAGGCGAGCAGAGGGCAGGGCAGUGGAGGCGAGCAGAGGGCAGGGCAGUGGAGGCGAGCAGAGGGCAGGGCAGUGGAGGCGAGCAGAGGGCAGGGCAGUGGAGGCGAGCAGAGGGCAGGGCAGUGGAGGCGAGCAGAGUGCAGGGGCGAGGGGAGGCAAUGA